UGUGAACCGACGAACCAGUCAAGCAGCCAGAAGCGAAGAUGGCGGUAUCGGUGUUUCCCUGUGUGCGGUUGCGGUCCAUCGGGGACGCGAACGGAGAGAUCCAGCGACACUCCGAGCAACAGCCCCUGAGAUUGGAGGUUAAAAGCACCCCAGACACGGCUCUCCUAAACCUCUCCAACGGUAAGUAGCUGCUAUAACCAGCUCCCGGCGUGUUGAUUAUCCGCGAGUUAGCUAGCGCUUACCUUGUGGUAGCCCGAGACCCCUUCGCGAUGCUAUGAAGAAUGAAUAGGAUUGAGUAAGUCGGUGGCUAACUAAUUAGCAUCUAGCUAACCAGCUAGCAUUUCACUGUGAUGGGCCGGUGCGUUGGGAUAGUACAAGUUACCGAAAAUGUGUUUUUCAAAGCAAGCAAAUGUUGCUGUUGUAGAAAUUGGGUGGUUAUUCCCACUAUCGAUACAGUACAUGUAAAAUAUUAUCUUAUUAACGUUAUGAGAUAGCUAGUUAACUAGCAUGCUAAUUUUGAGGCUGGCUAUGCCUAUAUGCGUCUUGGUGGCUUUGUCCUGUAGCUACAAAUAUUAAUUGUAGAGUAGCCGGUCAGUUAGCUUGGAAACCCGACGUUGAAUUUAAUUUAAUUCUAUGUUUGGGCAUAAAUGAGCCGUUGUGGUCAGUAACGUUUCCUCUCUCGACCUCUGCAUGCCAGAGUGUUGAAUACAAUUAUAUUUAACUUACUUUACCCGUGCGGUUGGUCCAUUACAUGUAGGAAUAUGAGACAACACAGGAAAGUAUAAUUAAAUCAACUUUUCAAAGCGCUGGUACUAGUGUGUUCAAAUGUCUAUCAAGCAUGCAGGCUUACUUGCCAAGCUCUUGCACGUGUUUACACGGUUCUGCGCAUACUUCAGGUGAUAUAAAUCGGAACUCACUACCAGUGCAUUGAAAAGUUUUUAAUUAUACUUUCCUGCGGAAAUAUUGCCGUGUGGCUAUAUCUUACCUGUCUCUGAUGGUUUGUCAACAGGAGAUGAGACCUCAGUCUUUAAGUGUUCGUUGUCCAGGGAAACGGAAUGCAGUCGCGUGGGGAAACAGUCCUUCAUCAUCACGCUGGGCUGCAACAGUGUCCUGCUACAGUUCUCCACACCUGCAGGUAGGGUGUGGGUCUGUGUGUGGAUGUUUACAGAAGUUGUGCAAUGAUUGCCUCAUCAGUGGUGAUGUUCAGUCUGUGUCUAACUGUGUGUGUUUGUGUAGAGUUCAGUUCCUUCUAUAAUAUUCUGAAGAGUUGCCGGGGACACAAUGCAGAACACUCCGUCUUCAGUGACAGGACGGAAGAGUCCUCUGCCGUGCAAUACUUUCAGGUGGGAAACGCACACACAUCUGUGGGGGACCACUGUGAGUGGUCCAACACACACACAGUGGUGUAUUGGAGGGGUAACGCAAGUAAACGCUGUUUACACACCUUUUGCCGUAAAAUUCAUUGAACCACUGCACACACACACACACAGAGUUAAGUCUAAAAGACAUUGGAAAUAACUGCUGAAUUUUGACCGAUUGGCCUCAAUGACCUUUGCCUUCUGCCCUUUGACCCCUGUUUCCCUCCAGUUCUAUGGCUAUCUCUCUCAGCAGCAGAACAUGAUGCAGGACUAUGUUCGGACUGGAACCUACCAACGUGCCAUCCUUCAGAACCACGUUGACUUCAAGGACAAGGUACCACACGCACAAACACACACACAGUGACUGAUUUAGAUGUGUGCUGCCAAUCCAAUGAUCUGUGAUCUCUCUCUCGAUCUCCCCCCUCUCUCGCUCUCCCACCUCUCGCUCCCCCCCCCCAUCUCUCGCUUUCCCUCCCUCCCUCUCUCGCUCCCCCCUCUUCCUCUCUCCCCCUCUUCCUCCCUCCCCCUCGUUCUAGGUGGUGUUAGAUGUGGGCUGUGGUUCAGGUAUUCUGUCGUUCUUCGCGGCGCAGGCCGGAGCCAGGAAGGUCUACGCUGUGGAGGCCAGCACCAUGGCUCAGCAUGCAGAGGUAACACACACACACACUAACUACCACGCAAAAGGUACGAGAGUCGGUUUGUUUCUUUGGCUGUGAUCAGUUUUUUGUUGUUUUAUUAUUGUGAUUCUUAGUGCUAAAGCUGUUGUUAGUUAGACUACACUGAGAGGCCUCCUCGACCACACGCACUAUCACACACAUACGCACUACCACAUACACACCCUACCGUACACAUACGCACUACCACAUACACACCCUACCGUACACAUACGCACUACCACAUACACACCCUACCGUACACAUACACACUACCACAUACACACCCUACCGUACACAUACGCACUACCACAUACACACCCUACCGUACACAUACACACUACCACAUACACACCCUACCGUACACAUACGCACUACCACAUACACACCCUACCGUACACAUACAUACACACACCAGGGGAGGACGGCUCACAAUAAUGGCUGGAACGGAGCGAAUGGUAUGAAACACCAGGAAGCCAUGUGUUUGUAUCUGAUACCAUUCCACUGAUUCUGCUCCAGCCAUUACCAGGAGCCCGUCCUCCCUAAUUUAGGUGCCACCAACCUCCUGUGACACACACACACUAACCCCCUGUGUGUGUGUGUGUGUGUGUGUGUGUGUAGGUGCUGGUAAACUCCAACGGUAUGGGGGAUCGUGUGGUGGUGAUAGCAGGGAAGGUGGAGGAGAUCUCUCUACCAGAGCAGGUGGACAUCAUCAUCUCUGAACCCAUGGGAUACAUGCUCUUCAACGAGAGAAUGCUGGAGAGUUACCUACACGCCAAGAAGUUCUUAAAGCCUAACGGUGAGAGAGAAGAGAGAGGGAGCGAGAUGAGAGAGGGAGUUAGAGAGAAUGCUGGAGAGUUACCUACACGCCUAGAAGUUCCUACGGCUCAAUGGUAAUAUGGAGAGGAAGAGAUGGAGAACGGGAGAUAUGGAAGGAAAGAAAGAUGGUUGAUGGAGGAAAUGGAAUUAGUAGAACGCGUAUCCAGGUGUUGCCGAUGGUAACCCUCCCUCCUCCCUCGUCCCCUAGGUAACAUGUUCCCCACGUUAGGCGACGUCCACCUGGCUCCCUUCACAGACGAACAGUUAUACAUGGAACAGUUCACCAAGGCCAACUUCUGGUGAAUAACCUUUGACUUCAUUUAACAAGCUCCAGUCAACACACCUUUUAAAACCUAGACAGAGACGCAUGUUCUUACUAGCCUAGUUCUUACUUCUCUAACUUCUGGUAAAUAACCUUUCACUUUAUUUACUUUAUUUUUAAAGCUUCGUUUUGACAUGUGGAAAGUCUUGUGUUCUUAGGCUAACUUCUGGUGAACAACCACACUUACAUUUACUUUAUUUUUAAAGCAGUUUUUACCUGGAAAGUAUUGCUGGGGAGAGAGAAAGCAAAUUCACCAUGCCUUUUUUAAAACGAUACAAAAAUAUUUAACUGUCACUAAGUCAACUAACUAAACCCACUUCCCACGGUCUCUUUCUCUCUCUCUCCCGCUCUGUCUCUCAGGUAUCAGCCAUCGUUCCAUGGUGUUGAUCUGUCAUCAUUGAGAGAAGCUGCAGUAGAUGAGUAUUUCAGACAACCCAUUGUGGUGAGACUUCACCCCCCCCCCCCCCACUCUCUCUAUCUGUCUGUCUCUGUCUCUCUGUCUGUCUCUCUGUCUCUCUCUCUCUCUCUCUACACCAACUUUCCCUCUCAAAUUCAACAUGUUUUAAUGGCAUGAAUGAAAAGGUGAAUGUUGCCAAAGCGAAGUGAUACACAACAAUUAUGAAAAGAACAGAGACAACAAUAAGAAUAGUAGCUAUAAUACUAAAGAAAAAAAUAAAUAUAUAUAUAUAUAUAUAUAAUGAAAAAAAUAGCCAUUACAUAAAUGUAAUGAUCUCUCUCAGGACACCUUUGAUAUCCGUAUCCUGAUGUCCAAGUCUGUCAAAUACACCGUCAACUUCCUGGACGCGAAAGAGGGGGAUCUGCACAGGUGAGUCCAUCACCUCCUCUCUCCUUCAGGGCCUGUAUUCAGAAAGCUCUCCUCUCUUCUCUCUCUCAGGAUAGAUUCCCUUCAAGUUCCACAUGAUGACAUCUGCCCCUCCUCUCUCUCCUUCAGAAAGAGACUUGGAGUAGGAGCGCUGAUCCAGGAUCAGUUUAGCCUUUUUUAGAUUAUAAUGAAUGGACAGGGGGACCUGAUCCUAGAUCAGCACUCUGAGACGGUUUAUGAAAACAGGCCCUGAUGUUGUGUUUAGUCUGAGGGUUGUGGUGACUGAGGUGACUGCUGAGAGUUUACUCCUCCUUAAACCUCCAUCUCUUUCUUUAUUCAUCUCAGGAUGGAGAUUCCCUUUAAGUUCCAUAUGAUGACAUCAGGUCUGGUCCAUGGUCUGGCCUUCUGGUUCGACGUGGCUUUCAUCGGCUCAGCGUGAGUCCCCUGUGUGUGUGUGUGUGUGUCCGUGUGGUAUUAUGUCAACUCUGGCAGUCUUGAUUGACUUGCUGUCCUUCAUCUUUUGUGUGUGCCUGUGUGUUCGUCUAACCGUGUGUGUGUGUCCCCAGGGUGACAGUGUGGCUCUCCACCUCCCCUACGGAGCCUCUAACCCACUGGUACCAGGUCCGCUGUCUGCUCCAGUCCCCUCUCUUCACCAAGGCAGGAGACACCCUCUCCGGCACCGCAACGCUCAUCGCCAACAAGAGGUGAGACACACACACCCGGAUAACUUUACCACACACACACACACACACACACACACACCUGAAAAGGUAACUCCCAUGCACACACACCUGAAAAGUAAACCCCCACACUGAACACACGCACACCUGCAAAGGUACCCCCCACCCUAAAGGGUUAAUCUGACCUGUGCACUCAGACAGAGCUAUGACAUCAGCAUGGUGGCCCAGGUGGACCAGACAGGAAGCAAGUCAAGCAACCUGCUGGAUCUCAAGAACCCAUUCUUCAGGUCAGAAACACUCUAUACCGCUCCUCUCACGCUCUCCCUUUCUCUCUCUCUCUCUCCUACUGUCUGUUCUCUCUCUCCUACUGUCUGUCUCUCUGUUCUCUAUCUCCUACUGUCUCUCUCUCUCUCUCUUCAUCCUCUAAAAUCUCCUCUUCCUCCUCUUUUCUCUCCCUGAUAGACAUCUUCAAGUCCUCUGUAUAUGAUUGGCUGUCCCUGAGCUUGCCGCCACCGACCCCAUCUGAUUUGGAUAUUUAGCACAAUGUCCCCAUCUGAUUGGUUGAUAUGUGUGUUCCGCAGGUACACAGGCAGCACGUCAGCCCCGCCCCCAGGCUCUCACUACUCCUCCCCCUCAGAGAACAUGUGGAACAAUGGAGGAGUCUACAGCAUGAACCAGGGUACACACCCACACACACUGCAUGAAUCAGGUACUACACACACACACACACACACAGGUGAAUACAGAAUUGUUUAUUUCCUGGUUUUAAUUUCUCUCUCUGUCUAUCAGGAGGGAUGCCUGCAGCGUAUGACCUCAGUACAGUCAUUGGUGGCAUGGGCUCCACAGUGUCUCACAACAAUCUCAUCCCUCUUGGUACGCUAUGUGUGUGUGACUGACCAAUCCCUACCCUCCUUACUGUGCUGUGCUAUACAGCCCUCAAAUUCAGAUCUGGAUCUCUAAGCCAGUUUCACUGCUUUUUAAAAAAUGCAUCCCUUCUAAUCAGGGACUGAUUUAGACCUGGGACACACAGGUGGGUGCAAUUAAUUACCAGGUAGAAAACCAGCAGUAGUCUAGACUUCACAGGGUAACAUUUGAAUACCCCUGCUGUAUAGGGUUACAACAUAUCUGAAAUGUUCCCCAAAUUCCCAGUUUUUCCAGAAAUCCCAGUUGGAAUAUUACCAUGAAAAAGCAGGAAAUACGGGAAUCCUCCUACUGGGAUUUCUGGAAAUGUCGGGAAAGUUACUGGAAUGUUGCAAACCUAACUGUGCUGUGCUGCGUGUAAUGGCAGUUUUGUAUCUAUAUGUUGGACUCCAGAUAAUCCAUCUGUAACUGACCUUUUGUAUAUUGGUUUUGCUGUGUUUUGUUGAUCCAAAUAAAAUUGGCCAAUUUGUGAAUUAUCUCCUCUGUGUGUGUGUAUGUGUGUGUGUGGGCAGUGAACACAGGGGUAGUGAACCAUACAUCUUCUAGAGUUGGGUCUAUCAUGAGUACAGGAGUGGGCCAGGGUGAGUGAGUGUCACCAUGGUUACAGAGCUACAGCUCUGUUGCUAAUGUCUUCCAGUCUGGUUGACAGUUCAGUUAAUGUAUGGCCUGACAUUAGUUGUUUUAAUGUUUGUGUUUUAUUUUAGAUAUAAAGUGCUUUUUAGUCCAGGAUUAGGUUUAAUCUGGGUCCGGGAAACCCCAAAUUCACUUCCUGUUUCUCUCUUCCUCAGGAGCGGUGACUGGCCAAUCAGGGCCCGGCAACAGUCCUCACUACCCAAUCAACAACAACAGCCAGUUCACCAUGGGCGGGCCUUCCAUCUCCAUGGCGUCUCCCAUGGCGAUCCCUAGCAAUACAAUGCACUAUGGGAGCUAAGUCCUCCCAACCUCUUCUCUCCUGUCCCCCUCCUUCCUCCACUUCUCUGGACUUCCAACAGCUGGAAGGAAACCAAAACGGACUGAUAAUAUGGACGUCCCUCACUCCUCCAUUCAUCCCUCCAUUCUUUCAUUCCUGAUCUCUCAGGCCCGGUCCAGAAUCAACUAGACACUGA